AUGGCAAAAGCUGCAUAUAAAAUGGCGGCUCUGCUUGCGGUCGACACAUUCGCUCGUCCGCUGAGCAUGGUGGACCAAAGGCUGGGCGACAGCGAGUACCACUUCUCGUGGCGCCAUGACGGCAGCAAGACUUACACUUGGGAUGGCGCCAACCAGUACUGCGGCAACCUUGGCUCCGGCUGGCAGGGUAUCAGCAUCGAGACUCACCAAGAGGACAGUCUCGUCAGAAAGGCGAUUACAGAAGAUCAACUACCAUGGAUUUGGACCUCAGGUCGUCUCAAGAAUCACGGCUUCGCCUGGGCUUCAGGUGCUGAAUUCGUGGGUCUCAACUGGUCUCACACCGGCGGGAAUCAUCGACCACAACCAGACAACCGAGAGGGGAACGAGGAAUGUCUAGGGGUUCUCAACAACGUCUACGACGACGGCAUCAAGUGGCACGACAUCGCCUGCCACCACGACAAGGCCAUCAUCUGCGAGCGCAAUGUCAGAGUCCACGGAUGAACACAGAUACACAUACACAAACGCAGAGAUGCACAUACAUCAAUGUGUAGUGUAUGUAUUUAUAUAUAGAUAUAUGAUAAGCCCAAUACUAACUUAUUCAUAAACACUGUAUGAAUCUAGCUAUUGUGUUUUAUUGCCAUUUUCCAAUUACGAGAAUUGGAAGAAAACCAACCAAAACUAAGUAUUCUAAGUUGAUUAGGCUAUAUUGAUAUCGUUUGAAAUAA